CCUCAAAUUUGAUAUCGUUAUCCAACCACACACGCCCCUUCCCUUUUACUCACUCCUCGAAGCUAACCAGAUGGAAAUGGCAACGAUGGCGUCUCCAGCUAUGUUACUGGGAAACGCUUCCACCAAUCUCUGCUUCCGCAACUCGCACCUCUCUAAGAUUUCCAUUUCAAAGCCCAAGCUGCCUUCAGAAUUAGGGUUUCUUACUUCUCAACUCGGCGGCAUCAAACUUUCUAACCCCCUCCCUCAACUGCCCAAGCUCACCUAUGCUCCUUCCGCUCCCGCUUUCCAUCCCGUUGCCCGUCGAGUGUGUCCAUUCACGGGGAAGAAAGCAAACAAGGCAAACAAAGUAUCCUUCUCCAACCACAAGACAAAGAAAUUGCAGUUUGUGAAUCUACAGUACAAGAAGGUCUGGUGGGAAGCUGGUAACCGAUAUGUUAAACUACGUUUGUCAACUAAGGCAUUAAAGACCAUAGAGAAGAAUGGUCUGGAUGCUGUUGCUAAAAAGGCUGGUAUAGAUCUUCGCAAGGAAUGAAAAGCAGAUACUCCAGAUUUUUUUGCCUUCAUUUGUUAGUAAAGCUUGUCUAAUUACUACUUUUUUGGUUGAGUUUUAGUUUUAGUUUCUCUUCCAUUGUGAUAUUCUGCUCGGCUCAAGUGACCAACAUAAUUUGCAUGUCUUGGAAAGUUCUAUCAUCCUAUCACAAAACAGACUUAAUUGAAAAGUUGGAACCAAA